AUGGUGCCUCAAUUUACCCCACUUGCCCUGUGUCAUACUGAUAAACCUUGGAGGCUUACUGGAUUCCGUUCAGAGCAAGGAGGCUGGACAGCAUAUUGUGGAAUUUUGGCUUUUAAUCUAAUCUGCUGCCCUCUUCUGUUUGAUAGGUUGGGCCACAGCUUUGGACAACAGAAGGCAAUGUUAUUACUCAUCUUUCCUCUCAUUACAGCUAUUUGCCAAGGACGAAUAGUGAAGAUCCCCACUGGCGACCUCGUCCGAGUGGAGGGUACAGAACUGGUCAUUCCCUGCAAUGUCAGUGACUACGAAGGCCCCAGUGAGCAGAACUUUGACUGGAGUUUCUCUUCUUCGGGGACUCUUUUUGUGGAGAUAGUGAGCACAUGGGAGGCAGCUUUCACAGCCCAGCCAUACAGGGAGCGACUGCAGAAAGGAGAGAUCCAGCUGAGACGAAUCGGAAAUGAUGCUGUGGAGCUCCACGUUAAGAAUCUCCAGGCUGCUGACCAAGGGCAGUACAAAUGUUCCACCCCCAGCACGGACGCCACUGUCCAGGGAAACUACGAUGAUACUGUUCAAGUGAGAGUGCUUGCUGAUGCUCUGCAAGUGAGCUCAAAAUCCCAACCUGCCUCCUCCCUGCGCCUGAAGGACGGAGACUCAUUUGAACUCCAUUGCUCAGCUUCUUCCACCUCCUUGGAACAUACACAUCUCUCUGUGACGUGGGAGCUCCAUCGUGGCCCCGCCAGGCAGAAAAUCCUCUCCUUGACCCACGAGAAUAGGUUCCAUUCUGGCCCACAGUACGAAGGACGCUACCAGAGUGGAGAUUUGCGUCUGGACACCACUGGUGAUGAUACUUACCGACUGUUUGUGUCUCGGGUGCUGCCGGUAGACCAGGGCACCUACAGAUGUGUGGUCAGUGAGUGGAUUGGAGAGAAGGGUAAAUGGCAAGAAAUUCAAGAGAAAAGCGUGGACGUUGCCACUGUGACAAUCGAGCCCACAGCCUUAAGAGCUACUGUCACCAAGAAUAAUGUGUCUGUGACCGAAGGAGAUGACCUGGAUCUUACCUGCAGCAUUGCAACGGAUCAGAAGGAUGAUAUCGAGGCAGAGGUCACUUGGUACUUUAGCAAGGUACCCGACAGUUCUCUGCCCGAUGCUCACAUUUUGGCAAGCAUGGACUACAAUUCCGUGGUGCGCAGCCCAUUGACAGUCGCCUUAAAUCGUGUGGGGAUGCAUUCCUACCGCCUGCUAGUACGAGAUGCUAACAAAGAAAAUUCUGGCUACUAUUUCUGCCACGUGGCUCUCUGGGCACCAAGGCACAAUAGGACCUGGCAGAAGGUGGCUGAGAAGAUGUCAGAACCAGCUGGAGUGGAGGUAACCUUGCCUGAGCCACUGUUUGAGGUGCUGCUAAAUGCUUCUAAGGUCCCUGAGUAUUCAGAUGAUCCCACGGAGCUGGAGUGCCAGAUAGCAGAUGUGAAGCAUGCAGGUGCCAAUGUCCGCUUCACUGUUUCUUGGUACUACAGGAUGGACUCACGCAGUGAUGAAGUUGUAUCUGAUCAGCUUCUUGCCUCCAUGGAUGAGGACUGGACUCUGAGAUUUGGGGAGAAGAACAAGCAGCGGGCAAAGAAUGGGGAGAUGAUGUUCUCCAAAGAGGAUGGGGCCAGGUUCAGUUUUCGUAUUCAGAGGACUUCAGAGGGAGACAGAGGAAAUUAUUACUGUGUUGUGUCUGCGUGGACCAGACAGCGUAACAAAAGCUGGAUGAAAAGCAAGGAGGUCGUGUCCAAACCGGUCAACAUUUUUUGGAUUGCAGAAGAUUCCGUGCUCCUCGUGAAGGCAAGGAAGGCAAAGCCUUUCUUUGCUGCAGGAAAUACUUUUGAGAUGACUUGUAAGGUUUCCUCUGAGCAUAUAAAGACUCCUCGAUAUUCAGUCCUCGUCACGGCUGAGAAGCCUGCGGCAGACCCCUUCAGCGCCAAUGAGACUAAGCACAUCAUCUCUUUAAACCAGGAUUCGGUCGUGAAGCUGGAAAAUUGGACGGAUGAGGCCCGGGCUGAUGGAGUAGUACUGGAAAAGGUCCAAGAGGAUGAGUUCCGAUAUCGAAUGUACCAGACUCAGGUGUCAGAUGCUGGGCUGUACCGCUGUGUAGUAACAGCCUGGUCCCCUGCGGGAGGCAACCAGUGGAAAGAAGCAGGGACCAGUUUAUCCAAUCCAAUUGAGAUAGACUUCCAGACCACAGGGCCUAUAUUUAAUGUCUCAGUGCAUUCUGACACUCCAACAGUAUAUCGAGGAGAUCUGAUUAAACUCUUCUGCAUCAUCUCUCUGGAAGGAGCCGCACUCGACCCAGUUCUGAAUGCCUUCAAGUAUCCACUGUUAAUCGGCAUCAGCCUCUCCACCAUCAUCGGCCUCAUCUCCUGCCUAAUAGGCUACUGCAGCUCCCACUGGUGUUGUAAGAAGGAAGUCCAGGAAACAAGAAGAGAGCGACGUCGGCUCAUGUCAAUGGAAAUGGACUAA